AUGCUUCUUGCAAUCCUACUCAAAUGUUGCAUCAUCUUUCUGAUAAUAAAUCCAAGCUUAACUGACAAUCCUGAUCGAUUUGAAUUCGAAGAUUGUGGCUCAUCAGGAGUUAUUAUCCAUGAAAUUGAUAUGACACCAAGACCAUUUAUUUAUCCUGGUGUUAUCAGCGCAAAACUAAAAGCUACCGUGAAGCACUCUAUAUCGUCUUUCGAUGUGAAUAUGAAUAUCGUGCGUACUAUCAACGGAAUCCAGUUACCAAUUAAGUGCUUUAUUUUCGAUGGCGCUAAUGUUGGAUCUUGCAGAUAUUCUAGUGACAAAGUAUGUGAUCAUAUGAAUUUUUGGACUCUAAAUGUGACACAAUCAUUCGUGCAUCUGGUACCUAUGAUGAAAAUAUUUAGUCUCAUUGUCAAAUGCCCAGAAAAUACCAUAUCAGAGCAAUACGUUGAUAUUAAUAACUAUCAAUUCGAAAUACCUGAUAUUUCAAAAUAUUUCUCCUUUCUGGCUUCUGGGAUAUUCAACACUACCAUAAUAGUAAAUAGUCCUAAUGAUCCAUUUGGGCAACCUUUCUUUUGCGGAAAAUUCAAAUACGUUUUGAAACCUCGACAAUAG